AUGCAAUCCGGAUACUCGUCCAUCUUCGCCUCGGGCUUGCUCGCGACGCCUCGGCCCAGUCGACAUGGGUCUGGCGAAGCCAUGGAUACGGACACAACCCCGACGUCUUCCAAGACGUACACGACGAACUUCACGAACCCUUUCCCACCGCACGGUCAGGAUGCCGACAUGACCUCGGGCGAUGCCGACUACUUCACCUCGCGCUCACGGGCGUCGAGCACCGCCUCGACGGACUCCACCGCACCGCGUCUGCGCCGUCGUCGCAGCAGCUUGACGGUCAACCCCAACGCGAACCCGCUCGCGAGUGUCCGCAGCCCUCUGCGCAGUGCAGGCGCCGCGUUCCAGCGCAAUCUCAUCGGUGGAGCUCGCUCCCGUAGCGGCAGCGUCAGCACGGAGCCCGCAAACGAUGGCCACGCCCAUUCUACGGCCCCCGCGAACACGAUCAAGGGCCGGACGCGUAGCGGUAGCCUCGGAACCGCGUUGCGGAGCUCCCGCAAGGCAUCACGCAAGCCCCCGCCGGCCAUGCCGCUUCCUGCGCUCCCGCCCUUGCCGCCCAGUGCCACCAACGAAGCUUUCCCUACGACGCCCACCCGGCGUCCGUUGUUUCACCGCGCGCACAACUCGGACAACAAUGCGGCGUUAACGUUCGGGCAGAGCUCGGCUUAUAUGCGCACUGAUAUUCCGGUGCCAAUGAAGCUCCAAACGGGCGGUGUAACCCCCAUGGACAGCAUGCAUCCGAGCCCGGUCGACCCCGUCGCGCCGUUUACGACGACCUCGGAUCUCAGCCUGCUUUCCGCAUUCAGUACGAGUGAUAUCGCGUGGGUGACGGCGCUUACGACUACCGGCGCCGCUGUCGCCGGGUACGCGCUCGGGAGGCUAGAUCGGAGGAGGAAGAGGGCUAGACCGGCGCCGCCGAGAGAGGAGGAGAGUGAUGUUGGAACGGAAGAGGAAGUGGCAUUCGAAGAGCCUGCAGCCGGUACACGCAAGCGCAAGCUGACGGUUCAAGUUGUAGCAUCGGUGCGCUUCAAGCGCGCGAGGCGAAGUGCGGCCUCCCCUGUAUCGCUACAGACGCCUGAGGUCGUUCCUGCGCGCCGUAUCCUGGAGGAGGACCUGGUUCUUGAAUCGGACACCGCGCUCACUGAAACUGGUGGCUCUACCCUAAGACGUACUCGGGCUACUGCGCCACCUCCCACGACACCCAUUGGCCGAAGUCAUACCCUCACUGGACUCCUUACGCCUGCGGGGUCGUCUGACUACUAUCCUGAGGAUGACGCACAACUUGAUGGCACCCACUUGCCAGAUGAUCCGCCCUUGAGCGGCUCGAGUGAUCUCAAGCUCGAUGCAAGUGCGCUGGAUGACUCUGAUACCACCACUGAGCGUGUACGAUCUACCUCCGAAUUGCUGCAUGCCAUCCUACCAACUGCAUCGACCGAGUCUCGAUCCCGGACACCUCCUGGAACUCAUGAACGCCUCAUACGACAAUCCUUCUACUCACGCUCCCGCAGACGCGCUCUCCCAUUUCACGGCUCUGCGCGGGUCAUAAACGGUUACGAGAGCGGUAUAUCCGCUCCUCCUUCCGACGAUAGUGAUAGUGAUUACUCGUACCAUGAGGGAAGCGAUGCGAGCUCAUACGAUAGUCGCGCAAGUUCGCCUGGUUUGAACGUUCCUUCGGAUGAGGAGACCUUUUGGGAUGAGAGCGAUGCGGAGAGCGAUGAAGAACUGGCGGGAAUGGCAUGA